GACGCCCAAACACAGAGACACACAAUCGCUUUUGGGCAUGAUGGGCGCUCGUUCCUGAAGCUGUUGAACUGUAUUUAUGUCGCGUCGCAUUUUUUUUCAGUUCAGCACCUACUCCACGUUGACAAAGGAUUGUAUUUGUCGUUGUAAUAUUCAUCCUGGAGCUAGAACAGAAUAAUUGCGGUUUGACCGAAAAGUGCCACAUCACACACUGCCGUUAGCUAACCUCAAGUAUGGACACCGGUUUCGGAACUUCUGUGCUUUUUCUUUUUUUCAUGUAUAACUGUUGGUGCGCCCCCCAGCAGACUUGUCAGUCAAGAGACGAGUUUUCAGGAAGAUGCCGCAACAGUGUUUUUGAGGAAAAAUCUACCUGUACCGAACUGAAUCUGGGCUACUGUAAUGAUGUGGAAUACUCUAGAACCAUUUUCCCCAACAUCCUUGGCCACAGGAGUGUUUCUGAGGCAGAGUCAGGAACAGAAUACCUCCUUUUAAGUGUCAUCCAUGGCCUGCUCAAUGGGGAGUGCUCACCUGAAAUUCGUCUCGUAGGCUGCUCGGUACUGGCCUCACCCUGCCAGGAUGACAAGAUGAUAAAACCCUGCCGUAGUACCUGUGAAGCAUUAAGGAAGGAUUGUCUCCAUGCCUUUGAAGCCAUUGAAAUGGCUUGGCCCUACUUUCUAGACUGUGACCGCUUUUUUGCCAGUGACCAGGAGGGUUGCUUUGAUCCAUUAAUAGGACUAAAAGCCAGACAGGAGCAGGCUAUGUCUAGCCUCUCCCCUGAAGAACCCAGCACAAUAAUACAGUUCACUUACACCUCCAAUGCUCAAAUGGCUAGUUUAUUGAAGAGAACGGCUUCCAAGUGUUCCCAUAUCUCUAAUGUCUACAGUAUUGGGCGUAGCACAGAAGGCAGGGAUCUGCUGGUUAUUGAGUUCACUGACAACCCAGGAAAGCACGAGCUCUUGGAGCCAGAGAUCAAGCUGGUUGGCAAUAUUCAUGGAAAUGAAGUUCUUGGACGCCAACUUCUCAUCUACCUGGCCCAGUACUUUUGUUCAGAAUACAUUCUCGGGAACCAACGAAUUCAGACCAUUAUCAACACCACCCGGAUCCAUAUUCUGGCCUCUAUGAAUCCAGAUGGCUAUGAGCUUGCUGCUUCAGAGGUAGAGGAUAACAAUGACCCGGAGCUCAACAAUGAGGAAGGUCACUUGUGGAAUGGUUGGAUCACUGGACGGACCAAUGCCCAGAAUAUUGAUCUGAACCGCAAUUUUCCUGACCUUACCUCCAUUCUUUACCGGAAUCGCCGCAGCAGGCACUACCGCACUGACCACAUACCAAUCCCUGACCACUACUGGUUUGGCAAGGUGGCACCAGAGACCUAUGCAGUAAUGAAGUGGAUUAGGUCCCUGCCUUUUGUCCAGUCAGCUGCACUUCAUGGAGGGGAGCUGGUGGUCUCCUAUCCCUUUGACUUCUCCAGACACCUGCAAGAGGAGAGGAUGUUCUCACCCACUCCUGAUGAGCAGGUCUUUAAGCAGCUGGCACGUACCUAUGCAGAUGCCCAUGCAACCAUGUCAAACAAUGACACAGAGAGGUGUGGAGCCUCUUUCUACCGGACUAGGGGUAUCAUUAAUGGUGCAAUGUGGUACAGUUUUGCUGGUGGCAUGUCAGACUUCAACUACUUGCACACUAAUUGUCUAGAGGUCACUGUGGAGCUUGGCUGUGACAAAUUCCCUUCAGAGGCAGAGCUUUACCCAGAAUGGAAAAGAAAUAAGGAAGCUCUGCUAAGUUUUCUGGAGUCUGUUCAUCGGGGGAUAAAGGGUGUAGUUAGGGAUGCUGAAGGAAAUGGAAUAAAAGAUGCAACUGUCUCUGUCAGGGGGAUUAGAAAGGAUGUAACCACAGCUGAAGGUGGAGAUUACUGGCGGCUGCUGAACCCAGGUACUCACAUCCUUACAGCUACAGCUAAAGGCUAUUCCAGGGUCAGUAAGAGGGUUCAUCUGCCUUACCACAUGAACAGGGCUGGACGAGUUGAUUUUGUCUUAGAGAAGGUUCCUUUGGAGCCUGAUAUUGGUGACCACCUCUUCCCAGCAUUAGACACAUGGGAUAGAUUCGACCCAUAUCACCAGUUUGAACGCCACAGUAACCAAGAUGUACGCAACGGAGGGAUCGAGCAGCAGGAGAAACCAUGGUGGUGGAACUACUUUUCCCAGUUGGGCAUCUCACCCCCACACUGGUUGCUCCAAAAUGUCUAGAAAUGUCUUGCUGCAUGGAUCUUCAUGUACACAAAAUAUAUAAUAUCCAGCAUACCAUUGGGAAAAUGAGGGUGUGACAUUGAGUUUCACUUGUGCUUCAAUGAAUACUAAUACAGAAGGAGCUAUAUCAUUGAAAUCAGCAAUACCUAAUCAUUUUCAGAGCUUUCAGAAAUAUAUCAAGGAACGUUAUUCAUAUGAGAGAAAAAUAAAAGAGUUUUGACCAAAAUUGCUUUGCAGCUAAAUUUAACUUUUUUUUUCAUUCAUAAAUUAACCACUUGAUUGUUAUGAACUGCAAAUGACAGUGAUUGGGGUCCAUGUUUGUUGCUUAUUAAACUGACAAGAAUAGGUUUGCCAUUUUUGUUAAAGUAGUUCACAGAAAUGCCUUAUGCUGAUGCUUUGUUGUGUAGUGGGGAACUAUUAGAGCCCACAGAGAGACCUAAGUACAGCCCAAAUUCCAGAAACGUUGGUAUGCUGUGGAAAAUAUACUGUCAAAUAAAAACAGA